AUGACACAGGCAGUAUCUUGCAGCAAUACUACUAGUACUAGUAUUGGUACUGAUAAUGGCAAUGGCAGUGGCGAUGCCGCGUUGAGAAAGCCCUUGAGAGUGGCAGUGAUCGGCUGUGGCCCAGGUGGAAUGUUUGUGUGUCACGCCUUGGAAACCAAGCGCCGCCAGAUCCUCCAACGAAUCGAGAAAGCGCAGACAAUGGACGACGACGACGACGACAAGUCUGAAGAUGUGUCUGCUCUGGAAGAACAACUAAAGGAACUGCCCAGAAUCAUGUGCUUUGAAAAGGCGGCUGCACCAGGGGGAGUCUGGCGUUCUACCAAAUCCAAUGCGAAUGCUACCUCUGACUCUACUACUACUGACUCUACUACUAGUAGUGGAGGCAAUCAACAGUACAAGACUGACACCAACAUGUACGAAGCCUUGUGGUGCAAUGGUCCCAAAGAAGUCAUGGAGUUUCACGAUUAUACCUUUCAAGAGCACUUUGGAAAAGACCAGAAACUACCUAUUUAUCUACCGCGACAAGCUGUACUGGAUUAUCUAUUGACCCGGGUGACUCGCCAUUGUCCUGACUUUUUUCAAACGUAUGCUACCUUUCACACAAACGUUGACACUGUCACCUAUGACAACCAGACAAACCUAUUCACCGUACAAACCACUCAUCGACUCACCAAUGCCACCAUUACCGAAACAUUCGACAAGGUCAUUUGGUCGGCGGGACAAAAUGGAUCUGGAAAGAUACCCGCUCCCAUUCAAGACAAGUUCACGCAGGCAGCACAAACACAACUGCACGCCAACGCCAACAACACAAACAUUCCACCUUUUUUGCAUGCCUCCCAACUCGAACAACGGGUCGCCACGCAAAUUCAAGACAAACACUUGCUACUCAUUGGAGGAUCCUACUCGGCCGAAGAUUUGGCUUUCAUGGGGAUCAAAUGGGGUGCCAGCCAUGUUACCGUUCUUACCAGACGACAUGGUAUUGAUGUUCCCGUUUGUUGGACCACUAAUUGGCCUCAUGACAAGGUCUCGGUCGUGGCUGGAUAUACCAUCAGCAAAGUCGAGAUUGUGACAUCUUCCACCCACAAUGAAGAAAAUGACAAGGACGUAUCCUCAUCCUACACUUUGACACUCUCCAAAUAUGCCUACGAAAACGAGAUUGCCAUUGUCCAUGAUGAGACGACUACAACCAGCACCAGUAGUGACGAAAAGCCAACUACUAAAGACAAGACAAACGACGACAAAGAGUCGACACCCAAACCACCCUCCCCCAAGUCGGUUGUUGUAAUGGACCACGACACGACAACAACAGACAACCAAAACACCAAGGUGCUGAUCGGUAUUGAUGUGGUCAUUUGUUGUACGGGAUAUUCCGAACAUUUGGAUAUGCUCGACAAGUCAUGCUACAACAUGUCCGAUCAAGAAUACGAUCAGUACUGGAAUGGAAAGGAUGAAUUCGUUCUACCCGACAACUGGACCAUGCCUCACAACCAAAUGUCCGACUUUAUCUGGAAGUAUCAUGAUUUCGACGACAACAAUAAGCACACCACCCAAGAAAAGGAGGGCGAUGAAAAGAAGAGCGAUGGCAACAACCACGGCAAAGAGCAGCGACAUUCUAAUAAGCCCUGCGACAUUCCGACAGCGGCCACAUUGUACCCAGGAGUCUACGUCAAUCCGUACAGCUACCGCGAGCUUCUGUUCGUUCACAAUCCAAAUCUCAUGUGGCUCGCCGCCAAUAACUUUGAUACACCACUCUUGGCGCUUGAUGUACAAGCCUGCUUGGCAUUGCGGUUCAUCACGGGAGAAACACCCACCCCCUCACGACAAGAAAUGAAAGACGACAACUAUCAGCAAGCCCUUCAUGAAAUGAGCUUGCCGUUGGUACGAUGCUGGAUGGAUACAGAAUACAAUCAUGCCGUUCAGAAGUGGUUGUCGGCCACGACACGCAAGGUUUACUUUACCGAUGAUAAUGGCAAUGCCUGCUCCCGGUACGACUACCCAGAGGAAUGGCGUGAAGCCUAUCGUCAAACGUCGGAAUUGGAACUACGAUUGUUGGCACGAUUGAUGCAAGACGCCGACUAUCCACUGCAGUUGGGAUCGUUUGACCAACUCAACGAGAUGGGUCAGACCUUUAUGGCCAUCAAUUGGGGAUGUCGCAACUACCAAACGUGCUCGAAAACGGGCACUACGUUUCGAGAUGUCUCGGCCGAGCACUGUGCCAACAUUCACAGUGUCUUCACCGGAGCCAAGCCGGUUCCUCUCAAAGGUCGGUGGUUGGAUAUGGACGACCUUAUGGAAAAUGUGAGUGGAAUGGUAGAGUGA